GGCUCUUAUAUUCAAACUGGAAGUUGCGGUUUCAAUGUUUGAGACUGCUAAAGUAAUUAGUUUGGUGGCUGAUUUCAACAAGAUUUUCAACUUGGAAUAAUAACUCAUAUAGAACUGUUUCUCACAAGAACUUACCACCUCCUGUGAAGAUGGUGCUGAAUCGAAGAUCAUUGGAAAGAUCCUUUUCUCCUAUGAGUAAAGUGAAGAGGAAGUCAGUUCAUGUGCGAAAGUCUGUGCAGUAUUCUCCGGGUUCAGCAAGAAAGUUAAAGGAGAACGCUAAACGCCAGUCAAAUGUGAAAGUAGUUGUGAGAGUGCGCCCUACAAAUGAAAGAGAGUCGGGAGAAAAUUACAGAUCCAUCAUCCAGAUAGUCGAUGACAAGAUGCUUGUUUUUGACCCUAAAAUUGACGAACCUUCAUUCUUUUACCAUGGCGUCAAACAAAACUGCAGGGAUCUGUUAAAGAAACAAAAUAAAGACACUACCUACAUUUUUGAUAAAGUCUUUGGUUUCACAUCAACAAAUAAAGAAGUAUUCGAAGGCAGCACGAAAGAAAUGAUAAAGACUUUGUUGAGUGGUUAUAAUUGCUCAGUGUUUGUUUAUGGUGCCACAGGAGCUGGGAAAACAUAUACAAUGCUUGGAAGUGCAGACAGUCCAGGAAUUACUUACCUUACUAUGGUUGAGCUUUAUUCUGAGAUGGAGAACUUGAAGGAUGAGAAAACUUUCGAUCUGUGUGUUUCUUAUUUGGAGGUAUACAAUGAAAAUGUUAGAGAUCUCUUGCAGCCUUCUGGUCCUCUCCAUGUGCGAGAAGACAGUAGAGCAGGAGUUUCUGUAGCAGGCCUCAGAAUGGAGACAAUUGACAGUGCAGAUAAAUUACUUGCAAUGUUAGCACAAGGAAACAAAAACAGGACACAACAUCCAACUGAUGCAAAUUCAGAGUCGUCGCGAUCACAUGCCGUAUUUCAGGUUCACAUUCGAAUGACUCAUAGACUUAGCAGUCAGAUUAGUUUGGUGAAACUGUCAAUGGUGGACUUAGCAGGCUCUGAAAGAGGUAGUGCGACUGGUUGCACUGGAGCACGCUUUACAGAAGGAGCUAAUAUUAACAAAUCUCUCCUAGCUCUAGGCAACUGCAUUACAAAUCUGGCUGAUGGCUUGAAGCAUAUUCCGUACCGUGAUUCAAAGCUAACACGCCUGCUAAAAGAUUCACUUGGAGGCAAUUGUUACACUGUAAUGAUAGCGAAUAUAUCACCAUCAAGCAAAUCGUAUGAAGAUACUCAGAAUACUUUAAAAUAUGCUACAAGAGCCAUGAAAAUUAAGUCCACAGUAAAAAGCAAUAUUGUUAACUGUGAAAUGCAUGUGUCACAGUAUGCAAGGCUUGUGGAAGAGUUAAACCGCAAAGUAGCUGCACAGAACGACGAAAUUAGUAAACUAAAAGAACAAUUGAAAUCAAAUGUAGUAAAUGAAAGAAGUUCUACAGAGAAAACUGAAAGUGAUGAGAUACAUCACUGGAGGAAAAAAUUAAGAGAAAUGUAUAAAAUUAAAAAGAAGCUCAAUAGUGAAAUCCUCUUAGCAGAAAUGAAGAGAAAAAUACUUAAAUGGAGAGCAUACAUUAAAGAACAAGCUGCUGCUCGUGUCGAAGUUCUUUGUUAUGACAGUGAACAGCUUAAACAGGCUGUGAACCGGAUUGAAAUGUCUCAGAAGCAGUACAGAGCAAGAGAAGAAAGUUAUGCGUCUGUUCUCCAAACUGUUCAAAAUCAGGAAAAAAGACACAGAGGAGAAAUUGAUUCAACCAUGAAGUUAAUAGAGGAAGCUGGUUUUUCUGAAUUUUUAAAGGAGGAAAUACUAGUAAAUGACUUAAUGAUUGAGAGAGAGAAUGCAGAGAUAAAGUCACGGCAUCUGAAGAAGUUAAUCACUCUGCAGCAGAAUGAAAUGGAAGGGCAUUAUAUAAUGUUUAAGACUAUCUGCUGCAUGAUGAAAGACUACUACCUCAUGCUUAAAGGUUUUGGGAAAGAAACCAAUGCAAUGAAAGAAAGCUAUCAGCAAGCUGUCCGCAUGAUGGUAGGAAUUAAGGGUAUAACAUGGGAAGAUUCACAAAAUGAUCACCUAAUGGAUUUAAAGGAAAUUAUGAGGCUUUCUGCAGCUUUACAAGAAGGAAUUGCUUGUGUUAACGCACCUGUAGUCAGUGAAAGUAGUUUACUCCGGGAUGUGAACAGGAAGGAUUCAUCUGGUUUAAUUUCUGAAGACUCAGAACAACAGUCAGGAAGAUUUAAUUUGUCAUUAAAUUGUAAUGAAGUAAGUUCAGAAAGGGCAAUGGAAGAAGGCUGUACCACAACUUCUCCUUUUAAUGACGAAAUUUUUUCACUUAAAAAUGGCUCACCAGAAUGCUCUCUGUACUACACAGAUGAGAUGGGAAUUACAGUAAGAACAAAAUUUUCCAAAGACACAAGGAGAAUUCUAUGCUCUGAUGACACAGAGGAAACUGGAACACAUUCUUACGAAGCAGAAGAGGUAGUUUUGAAAUGUGAAGCUGAAAAGAUAUGCUCUGCAUUACUAGAAACUGAAUCAGAGUGCCAUAGUCCCAAGGUUCUCUCAGAAAAAGAUCUUAAUAAUACAUUCUCAUGCAAGACAAGGACUACUAACGUAACUAAUUCAGCACUCUGUAAAAUUCAGGAUGAAGAGCAUCAGACACAAGAAAGGGAGAUGAAUAUGUUGACACCAGUUUUUAAAUGUGAUCCUGAGGAAAUGCAUGCCAAGAGCCACAUCUUACAGGUUGCCUCAGAGCCAGAUCUUAAUGCAACAUUUUCACGCAAAAUAGAAACUAAGAUUGACUGUGGUGAUUCAGUAACUGGUGAUGCUGCGUUCACUUCACCACAUGACUCUAAAGGACAACCUGAGAUGCGCAUAUUGCAAUGUCUCCCUGAAUCAGAUCUUAACAAUACAUUCUCAUGUGAGAUGAGAACUACUAAAAUAACUAAUUCAGCGCUGUGUAAAACUUGGGAUGAAGCACAUCAGACACAAGAAAGGAAGAUGAAAUUGUUGACACCAGUUUUUAAAUGUGAUUCUGAGGAAGCGCAUGCCAAGAGCCACACCUUACAGGUUGCCUCAGAGCCAGAUCUUAAUGCAACGUUUUCACACAAAAUAGAAACUAAGAUUGACUGUGGUGAUUCAGUAACUGGUGAUGCUGCAUUCACUUCACCACAUGACUCUGAAAGACAACAACCUGAGGGCCACAUAUUGCAAUGUGUCCCUGAAUCGGAUCUUAACAAUACAUUCUCAUGUGAGACACGAAGUCAGGUUGCAUCUAGUAAUCCAGCCACCUGUGCCGGUCCUUUGUCGUCAAAGAAAGAAGAAAAAGAAUUUUGUUUCUUGAGACCAGUUGGUGUUAAAUGUGUUAGGAAAGUGCAACCUACAAGUCAUAUUUCAACUUUAGACUCUACCUUCCGCCUGCUCAGGGAUGUUGACGCUUCGAGAAAACCACCUGUACAGAAAUUAUCUCCGGAUUCAUCUUUCGUAAUAAAAAGAACUACAGGAAAGUGUAAAGAUGUUAUUAACAAAACUUUCCUACAACACAAGAAGGUUCUGUCACCUGCAACUCCAGGGAAAAGGAAUAUUCUCUCUAAUCGAAACACCACAGAUACAUUACAAAAAGACAUAGUUGGUCACUCUGAUGUCAAGCAUUUGAACAAUACGGGAAAAAUGAAAAAUUCACUUAAAGCACCAUCAGUGCAAAACAGCACUUUAAAUAAGGAAAACAUUUAUACACCCAAUAUCACAAAAAGGAAAAUAAAAAGAAAUGACAGUAUGAAAUUACCUGUGAAAAAGAAUCAAGAAAGUAUGUUUCCCUCCAGGAGAGUCUCACCACCUGUUACGUGUAGUGGCAUUGCCAAUCACCAGCAAGUGGUAAAACCUGCAGCUAGCAGACACAGAAAUAUCGUCAGUGCGCCACCAAACUGCAUUUAUGGGUCAAAAACACUGCCUGAAACAAUAACUCAGGCAAAGAGGACAUGUCUACUUCGAAGUAGCUGAUCUGAGGAAAUUUGUAUAACAAGUAUACACUGUAAUAUAUUACCUUUUGUAUUUUUUAUUUAUCUUUUGUAUUUUAUUACUUCAUAUAGCAGUUAUUAUACCAUGACGUAGUGAAUCAUGUUUAUAUAGAUAAUUUAUGGACAUUUAUAAUCGCCGAACACUGUAAAUAAUUGGUACAGACCAAUGAGGCAAAAAAGAAUUUUAAGCAUAGCAUUUUAUUUUUCAAUUUAUAGAAAACUUUGAA